AUGGCCAUCGAUCACCCGGGCGUUCCGCGCAAGCGCGGCGGCCGCAGGUACCAGUUUGACCCACUCGCUGUAUCGGCGGCGUAUCCCCUGGUCGCUCAGCACGUCCGUAAACAAGUUAUUCGAGACAGAUUGGCUCUGAAACGGCAAAAUUCCGCGAACUUAAGGUCUCGCCGCGCUCUUUUCGAGCGCCUAUCGCAAAUGGAACGCCAGUUCGUGCGUCCGCAGUCACUAGACGAGUUGGUACUGCGGGCCACCGCGCUAAACGAGCAGCUGGCCAUCCAAAGAGAGAUCGAGUGCGCGUUAACGUCGCUGUUGUGCGUUGUACAGAGGAUUAGGCGUGCUGCCGCAAACCAAGAGUUCGGAAUAUUCAGCGCCAAGCCUUCCACGUGGGAGGAGCAACGGGCCGAACGUGACGCGCUGGAGGCUUUGCGCGCACAACGUGCCAAAACGUUCGUGUCAGAACUUAUGGCUCGCUCAGAGGUUGAGCUGGAACGCCGCCGGCUGGCGCUGGAGGAGGCUGUGCGUCGGAAGGAGAUACGUGACAGGGAAGAACAAGCCGAAGAGGAGGAGACGAUGCUGGGAUGCGACCGUAAGCUGCUGGCUAGCGGCGUCUACAGGGCUCAAAUAAAGCCCCACCACUCGUGA